AUGAGCAUCUACGGCGCUAUGUAUUCCGGCGUCUCGGGCCUGGCAGCCCAGUCCAACGCGCUGGGCAUGAUCUCCGACAACAUCUCCAACGUGAACACCAUCGGCUACAAGAACACCUCGGCCGCCUUCAAGACGCUGGUGACGGAGUCGGCCAGCCGCACGACCUACACACCGGGCGGCGUGCGCUCCAUGCCCAUGGCGCAGAUCGACCGCCAGGGCCUGCUGCAGGCCUCCUCCUCGGCGACCGACAUGGCGAUCGCCGGCAAGGGCUUCUUCGUGGUCAACCAGGCCGCCGAUCCGGCCGCCGGCAACCAGUUCAUGUACACCCGCGCCGGCAACUUCCGCGCCGAUGCCCAGGGCAAUCUGGUCAACGCCGCCGGCUACUACCUGCAGGGCUGGCCGCUCGACGCCGCCGGCGACCCGAUCGGCAACACCUCGGUGCUGACCAGCGUGGAGACGGUCAACGUCGCCAACCUCUCCGGCGCGGCCACGCCGACCCAGAACAUGAACCUGCGGAUCAACCUGCCCUCGACCGCCGCAGUGGGCGACACCCACGACGUGACGAUCCAGAUCUACGAUUCGCUGGGCAACGCCCACGACCUGACCCUGGAGUUCCAGAAGGGCGCCGCCAACGCCUGGGACGUCUCGAUUACCGGCAUGACGCGCGCCGGCACCACCACCGACAGCCUGGACGCCGCCGGCAUGGCAGCGCUGACCAGCUACAGCGGGUCGAUGACCUUCGUCGACGGCGCGCCCUCGGCCAUGACGCUGCCGGACAUCUCGAUCAGCGGCUUCGCCUCCGGCGCGUCGAACCAGACGAUCGGCAUCGACGCCGGCACCAUUGGCGAGACCGACGGCAUCACCCAGUUCGGCGAGGACUACACCAUCUCGGUGCUCGAUCAGGACGGGGUGCGCUUCGGCCAGUACACCGGCGUGGCGAUCGACGAGGCCGGCGUCGUGACCGCGCUGUUCGACAACGGCGAGCGCCGCCCGAUCUAUCAGCUUCCGAUCGCCAUGUUCUCCAACCCCAACGGCCUGGAGGCGCGCGACGGCAACGCCUUCAUCCAGACCGACCGCUCCGGCGACUACGUGCUGUCCGAGGCCAACAGCGGCGGCUCCGGCAAGGUCGCGCCCAGCGCCCUGGAGUCGUCCACGGUCGACCUGGCCGAGGAGUUCACCGACAUGAUCAUCACCCAGCGCGCCUACUCGGCGAGCGCGAAAAUCAUCACCACAGCCGACGAGAUGCUGGAGGAGCUGAUCCGAAUCCGCCGCUAG